AUGCACUGUUUACGACCAGUACUUCAACUAGUACUACUUUUUCUAUUUUUAACCCCAUCACCAAUAAAAGCGAAUGAUCUCGAUGAAAGUGUGUUGAGCGACGUCCACCGGAUACUUCAGAAGAGGAGUAUUUUGGAUAAUGUGGCGUUGGAUGAUCCGAGAGCGCCGUGUCGAAAUGGAGGGAUUUUCGCUGGAGGCAUUUGUCAUUGCAUCAAGGGACAAACCGGCGAUCAUUGUGAACAUUUUGAGUGUGUAAAAGGUCUAUCAGUCGGGUUUCGUUUCGACCCGGAGAGUCUUCUGUUCAAUGAACCUUGCAUUUGCGAACAAGGAUGGAAAGGGGAAAUGUGUGACUAUCAGCCAGCGGAGAAGUGUGGAAACAAAGGAGAAUGGAAAAAGGACAGAUGUGAAUGCGUUGGCUCCUACUUCGGAAGUGAAUGUCAGUACACUUCCAAGUGUGUGGAGGGAUUCUUGAGAAAUGGAAGAUGCAUUUGUGAUGUUGGUUUUGAAGGCGACUAUUGUGAUAAGAUUAUUUGCGUUUAUGGAACGCCAGAUUUAAAAAACCGAACUCUAUCUUGCGACUGCCCGGAGAAAUUUGCUGGUAGAAGAUGCGAAAAGUGCAAAAAGCAUGGACCACUACUUGAACCAUUCCCGCAUUGUGAACUAGACCCAAGCAAAAAGAAGCAUAUCGAGAAAGCAGCAGAGCAUAGAGCAAAGGUUAAGAGAGGGAUCCGAAGAAGAAUCCAAAUCAUUUGCAUUUGUGUCGUGGCACUUUCAGUGGUGGCGUUCUUUGUGUGUGUCGGAAGGUGUGUGCACAAAAAUGCGAUCACCGCGGUAAGAAUCAUCCUACACGAGCUUAUUUAUCUAGGUUCCUGUGAAAGAUAUCAAAAAUUUGUCAACUGA